AUGUCCACCUCCGGCCCCAUCACCGAGUUCCCGGCCCCUGGCCUUCGGGACCCCUUCCGUUACAUCACGGGCCACGAUGCCGAGGGCAACGCAGUCUUCGUCCAAACCGACAACGGCGACCACCGGGCAGUAAUGCUCGGCGGUGCCGCCGCGCAAAACAUUCUCUACAGCGCUGGCUCCAACCCCAUCGAGCUCACCGGCAACGUCGAUCUCGAGUUCGCCAAGAACAGGCCCUCGCUGCACAUUCCCAACGGAGUCUGCGUGCGAAUGAUUGACUUCGCGCCCGGCUGCAAAUCCAAUAUGCACCGGGCGCUCUGCAUGGGCAUCGGCACCGUAUGCGAAGGCGAGGUCGAGCUUACGCUCGGCAGCGGCGAGAAGCGCAUCCUGAGGCCCGGUGAUGUCUCGAUUAACCGCGGCGCGCUGCACCAGUGGCGCAAUACGUCGGAAGACAAGCCGGCGAGGAUGCUGUACACGCUGCUGGACAUCAACCCGCUGAUUGUCAAUGGCAAGCAGCUGGACUUUGAUAUGGGGUAUUUGAUGAAGGAGUAUGCCGAGUAUGAUGAGGGCGCCGGGGACAAGAAGGAUGAGUAA